UCAAUAAUUGAGCGCGCGAGUAGACGGACCCCACGCGCUAUGUGUUCUACUGCGCGCGGAAUCGAAAUCAAGGGCCUUGAUCCGCUUUCAAUCGGCUAUUCCACUACGGACUGAGAGGAGAACACUGGAAGUGCUGGUAAAAUAUCAAUGACAGUACAGAGUCGGUGAGGGGGAAAACUGUUUGUAGUCUUGACUUGAACAGUUGGAAAGGACUUCAUUUUACAGUGAGGAGAGGUUUGGAGCGGUUUCGGUUUCCCGUGCACGGCAGGGGAUUUGAGCGGAAUAUCUUUGUGAGAAGACUGCUGUUAGGUGCAGAGUGAAGUUGGCAUUAUGUUAACGUUGGUUCUAGGCGCAGUGUGGCUAGUGUGCCAUGCAUACGCACAGAAUGAGACAGAACCCAUUGUACUAGAGGGGAAAUGCCUGGUUGUGUGCGACUCAAAUCCGACCGCGGACCCGACUGGGACGGCUCUUGGGAUAUCGGUGCGUUCGGGGAGCGCCAAAGUGGCUUUUUCCGUGGUGAGGAACACGAAUCACGAACCGUCUGAGAUGAGCAAUCGAACAAUGGUGAUCUACUUUGAUCAGGUACUUGUGAACAUAGGUAGAAGUUUCGAUGAGGAAAGGAGCAAUUUCUUCUCCCCGCGCAAAGGGAUAUACAGUUUUAAUUUCCACGUAGUGAAAGUGUAUAACCGUCAAACCAUCCAGGUGAGCCUGAUGCACAAUGGCUGGCCAGUGAUCUCCGCCUUUGCUGGGGAUCAGGACGUCACGCGCGAAGCAGCCAGUAACGGCGUCCUGAUUCAAAUGGAGAAAGGUGACCGCGCCUACCUCAAGCUGGAGCGGGGCAACCUGAUGGGCGGCUGGAAGUACUCCACAUUCUCUGGCUUCCUGGUCUUCCCCCUGUAGAGGAGGGGCACGACAAGGAGGGACUAUUGCUCUUUAGCUCGCCGGCUUGUGGGAGAUAGAAGGGAUAUGAGGGUGGAUGAGAUAUAGGAUGCUAGCGAGAAUGUAAAGAAAAAAUAUAGAAAGAGAAAAUUUUGUGGCAGGCUCUCAGUCGCACUCACUUCGCUCUGCUGCUUGACUACAGCUCUGGACAGCCAAAACUUUUUUAUUAUCCUUAUUAUAAACGAUAAUUGAAACGAUCCGGAAAGAAAGCAUACAGAAGACCGUGGCCCUUCCCCUCCCGUUCAUCCCAUCGCAAUUCCCCCUCGAAAUUGUUCAUCUGCUCUGAGGAUCGUCCUUCAGCAGCCCAGAUCUCCAUUUCACACAGAUCAUCUCUGUAUAUUCUCUCCAUAAAUGCAUACUGUGAGUCUCAGAUAUCAUUCUCAUUCUUGUCAGUACCCAGGUCUAGUCGCCCUUCUCUGGCCUGCUCUACUGCUCCUCUCGCUCACUCUUUCCUUCCUCUGAGAGGGUGUCUGUGCUGUGUCAUGACUGAUAGAUCUCUGGAUCCCAACAAAAAGACUGCAUACUGGAUAUAUACAUAUAUAAAUACAUUAAAAGUUUCUAUAUGAUUAUGAUAUACUCCAUGCCUAACUGAAUUUGGUCAACUCUCUGUAUUUCUGUAUUUCAGUGUUAAUACUUAGUGAUUGUGUGUGGAUUAUCAGGCUGCUGUCCAACUACCAAUGCUUCUUGUUUUUGUUUCGGUCAGAAAUGUGGCUAAGAUUAAACUAUAUCAGAAAUACUAUAAAGUACUAUAAAGUUUUAUUAUCAUUGAUUGUAAAAUAUAUGUGAACAUUUACCAGACAAAAUCCUCCCUUUUAUUCAGUUACAUUACCUAUUGUUUUUUUCUUUGAUUCAAUAAAGAUUAAAUGGUACUUUUCUUAA